AUGUCUCGCCAGCAGACUCAGCCCCAGCGGCCUCUGUCGCUAACGGAGGAGCUGGAGAAAUUGGAACAGUCCAUCACACUGACACUGCAAGAGAUCGACCACAAUUUUAGCCAGGCCCAUCGCAUCGUGACGACAAGUAUUUUACCCCUGGUGGAGCAAUAUACGGAGCAUUCCCGAGAUGUCUGGGACGGUGCCAAGUUCUGGAAGCAAUUCUUCGAAGCAAGCGCGAACGUAUCCCUGUCUGGGUAUGAAGAGCAGCCCAAUGAUGAUGAUACCGUCCAGGAGCCCACGGCGACAGAAGAGGAAUUGUCCGCCGACAUGACCCAGAGCACCGGCGUUGACGAAGCCGAUCAGUCCUCCGAGACGCCUGCUUCGCAUCGCAAGGAUGCUCACCACGGAGAUGAGCUUGACCUUAGCGAGCUCAAUAUCUCCUCACACAGUACACCGCGUGCUCCGGGGCAAGGCCAGGCGGCUGGCGACGACGACAUCACAUCCACGUCCAUCGAGUAUUCCUCGUACGAACACCUGAAAAAACAAGUCAACGAGAACAAGCCGCCAUUUGACAUGCAGGACUCAUCCGAGCUGCCAUCCACGCCGGGCAAACAGACUUUCUUUCCCCACGGCGUCUCGUCUGCAACUCCGAUGUCCUCCCCGUUCCUUCCACCCGCCUCGUCAGCAAGAAAUCCCCCUGCGUCACGGGAUACCCGGUACCAAAAGUCCACAGACCCCGUCUUGCACCAGAUGCUCGACCGGACUUAUCGAGUGCAAGCCACGCCUCUUGGCAAAGGAUAUCGCAAUCCCGGCGCCGGCGGUGCCAGCGCUCGCGCCAAGUUCACGGUCACGCCCAAGCCGGCUGAGAAAUCUCGCUAUACCUUUGACGAUUCUCCCCUUUCCAGCCCGGAGCCCGAGGCGCCGCAGCUGCACUCCGACAUAUUUUCUUCUCCUCUCAAGGGUGCCACGCCCGGCACCGCGCGUAAGCGGCGGACCAGCAGUAACCGUCCUCGGGCCACUCCUCGACCUGGCAUGAGCGUCUUGACUCCCGCGAAGAAGUCCACCGGUAAGCAAGCCAUGUGGGACAGCGAUGAUGAUGAUAUCGACGACGACGAUUUCGGGCCCAGUCCCCCCAAGACAAUGCAAUUCCAUGUCCCUCAGAGUCGGUUGAUGAAAACACCCGCCAAGGAAGCCUCCAAGCGCAUCGUCACCGACCUCCUGGCCACUGCAGGCGCGGAUGACCUCACCGAUGAAGCGGGCGAUGACGACCACAGCCCGAGUGUCAUUGGGCGCAUGGAUCGUCUGGAAGAUGAUACCUUUUAA